UAUAGGUAAGGAGGAGCUCGAUGGAAUCGUGGUCCGAUUUGCUGAAUGGAGGUCGGGGGAGGGCCUUAUAUGCAUUCUGGAAGGUAGUAUAGCAAUGGUCGAGUGUUUUAGCAGCAUGAAUACAACAAUCAUAGAAUUUCGGGAGCCUUUUCCUCAAAUUGACUUUGUUAAAAUCCCCAGCUACAAUAAAUGCAGCCUCAGGAUAUGUGGUUUCCAGUUUGCAUAAAGUCCAGUGAAGUUCUUUGAGGGCCGUCGUGGUAUCCGCUUGGGGGGGAUAUAAACCGCUGUGGCUAUGGUUGCCGAAAAUUAUUUCGGGAGAUAGUACGAUCGACAUUUGAUUGUGAGAUAUUCUAGGUCGGGUGAACAGAAGGGCUUGAGUUCUUGUAUGUUAUCACAGUUACGCCAUAAGUCAUUAAUCAUAAAACAUAUACCUCCACCCUUCUGCUUCCCGGAGAGAUGUUUGUUCCUGUCGGUGCGAUGUACUGAGAACCCAACUGGCUUUACAGAGUCAGACAGUAUAUCUCGAGCAAUCCAUGCUUCCGUGAAGCAGAGCAGGUUACAAUCCCUGGUGUCUCUCUGAAAAGCAACUCUCGCCUUGAGCUCAUCAAUUUUAUUAACCAGAGAUUGGACAUUAGCGAGUAAAAUAGUCGGGAGCGGUGGGUGGUGUGCAUGCUUCCUAAGUCGGACCAGGAGACCGCCUCUAGUACCUCUCCUUCGCCGGUGUUGUUUUGGGUCAACCUCUGGAAUAAGUUCAAUUGCUCUGGGGAGAGCAAACAAAGAAUCCGCUCCACGGAAGUGGUAAUCCUGCUCGUAAUGCUGGAAGUUCUGGUGAGUUACCGACGCUCUAAUAUCCAAUAGUUCUUCCCGGCUGUAUGUAAUGACACAAAACAAUUCCUGAGCUAAUAAGGUAAAAAAUAGUACAUAAAACAAUCAAAAUAUUGCAGAGUUGUAUACAAGCUAGUCGCGAUGUUGACAUCUUCGUCGGCGCCAUCAUCAUAUCAUGUCAGUGGCCUCCAUCAUUCUUAAAAAGAAGAAGUUUGGAACCACCAAGACUCUUCCUAGAGCUGGCUGCCAGGCCAAACUGAGCAAUCGGUGGAGAAGGGCCUUGGUCAGGGAGGUGAGCAAGAACCCGAUUUUCCCUCUGACAGAGGUCCAGAGUUCCUCUGUGGAGAUGGAAGAACCUUCCAGAAGGACAACCAUCUCUGCAGCACUCCACCAAUCAGGCCUUUAUGGUAGAGUGGCCAGACGGAAGCCACUCCUCAGUUAAAGGCACAUGACAGCCCACUUGGAGUUUUCCAAAAGGCAUCUAAAGACUCACAGACCAUGAGAAACAAGAAUCUCUGGUCUGAUGGAACCAAAAUUGAACUCUUUGGCCUGAAGCCAAGCGUCACGUCUGGAGGAAACCUGGCACCAUCCCUACGGUGAAGCAUGGUGGAGGCAGCAUCAUGCUGUGGGGAUGUUUUUCAGCGGCAGGGACUGUGAGACUAGCCAGGAUCCAGUGAAUUAUGAAUAGAGCAAAGUACAGAGAGAUCCUUGAUGAAAUCUUGCUCUAGAGCGCUGUGGACCUCAGACUGGGGCGAAGGUUUCUUAGAUAUUACUGCACUGUCGGAACUAGAAGCACAAGCAUUUCACUACACUCACAUUUACAUCUGCUAACCAUGUGUAUGUGACCAAUAACAUUUGAUUUGAUUUGAGGUUCACCUUUCAACAGGACAACGACCCUAAGCACACUUCGUGACAAGUCUCUGAAUGGUCUUGAGUGGCCCAGCCAGAGCCUGGACUUAAACCCUCGAACAUCUCUGGAGAGACCUGAAAAUAGCAUUGUAGCAACGCUCCCCAUCCAACCUGACAGAGCUUGAGAGGAUUUGCAGAGACGAAUGGGAGAAACUCCCCAAAUAGAGAAUUAAAUAGAUGACCUCUGAUGAGAAAUGGAUGGUGAUGGUGAUAUGGACCCAGGCAGGGACGACUUGCCCCUCAGAGCCAACACCAACCACAUCCUGGUCAGACACUAUGUCUUGGACCUGGACAUAAACCUCCAAACUAAGGUUAUCACUGGUACUGUGGUGCUCUUCCUGGAGCCAGGCCCACUGGCUGGAGAUGGGAAUGGGGCUGGGGAAGGCGCCCCAACCCCACCCCAACCAUCCCAGUCUGAUGACUCCUGGGGGGAUGAGAGCCACAGAGACUUUACCUUAGUUCUGGACUGCUGUGACCUCACUGUGUCAAAAGUAGAGGAGUUGGACGUGACCUCUGUGUCAGAUAUGCAGGGUCUCCUAAAGGAGGUCAAGGGUGAGGGGUCCGGGGUUGGCCCACAACCAGACAGCCAAUCAGCUGUGCUCAUUCAGAGGCUGAUCUCCCUACCGUCCACCCAAUGGAAAAAGCAACACCACCUGUACUUCCAGUGCAGUCAUGCCCCUGCUUCUGAGGGUGGGGGACCCCUCAUCUCCCACACUGACCGCUGGAGCCUGCAGGUGAGGAAGAGGGGGGUUCGGACCAUCCAGGAGUUCCCCCGAGCCCUGAGGGUCUGCUACAAGACCAAGCCGGAGGGAGGCUCUGUCAGGUGGACUAAAGAUCAGGACAACAGGUCAUGUGUUUACACCGCCGGCUCCCCCAUCAACAACCGUGCCCUGUUCCCCUGUCAGGAGCCUCCUGUCGCCAUGUCGACGUGGCAGGCCCAGGUACGAGCCCCUAGGGAGUGUGUGGUUCUAUUGAGUGGAGAGAACCAGGCCCAGCCCACGCACCUGCACCACACAGGUCUCUCUAGCUGGGACUACUAUGUAACUAUGCCUAUGCCUGCCUCCACUUUUACCUUGGCAGUGGGUUACUGGCGCCAGGCCACAGCACAACUUUCCACAGCACAGCUUACCCCUCCUGUGCAGGGUACAAGGGCUGGGGCCUCCCAUACGCAUGCUGGCAGCUUGGACCUGAAUCCAUUCACCAACAUGGACCGUCCCAUCAUCACCUGCCCACAGUCUGCAUUAGUCUACUCAGGCCUGAAGGAUGAGAAGCACUCUGAGAGCGACUGCUCAGGUCUGGCCGAUGACGACUUCACCUGUUGCCAUGCGGAUUACCCCUGCCCAUUCACCGACCCAUCCGCCUGGAGCCAAGAGGUGGUCCCUCACCGGAUGUUUGCCCCGCCCUCUCUGCUGCAGAAGGCCCAGGUCCAGGUCCUCCCCCUUCUGCCUGGCUGCCUGGCUGCAGCCCACGCUACCCUGGGGGUCCAUCCCUUCCCCCGCCUCGACGUACUCAUCGUCCCAGCAAGCUUCUCUAGUCUGGGUAUGGCCAGCCCCCACAUCAUUUUCCUGUCACAGAGUGUGCUGUGUGGAGACAGAGAGGGAGACGGAGAGGGAGUUGGAGAGCGGGGCCUGUCUCUGUGUGGGUCUCGUCUGUGCCAUGAGCUGUCCCACUCGUGGUUUGGCCUGGCCAUCGGGGCCCGGGACUGGACAGAGGAGUGGAUCAGUGAGGGCUUUGCCACCUACCUGGAGGACAUCAUCUGGGCCCGGGCACAGCAGUUGUCCAGCAAAGAGACAGAGGAACAGUCUCAACUCAAGGCUCUGCUGAGAUGGAGGAGACUCUCAGACGAACUACAAAACUCAGAGGAGCAGCUGCAGAUCCUCAGGCCCAACAUGGAGAGUACAGGCCAGGUCAGUGAGUCUGGGUCGUCCCUGGUCAAACAUGCCCUCAACCCUGAGAAAACCUUCAUGCAAGUCCACUACCUCAAGGGCUACUUCCUCCUCAGGUUCCUGGCCAGUAAAGUAGGACUUGAAUACUUCCUCCACUUCUUCAGACUCUUUAUAAAGAAAUAUCAUGGACAACUGAUUCUCUCUCAGGAUUUCUUGCAAAUGCUGCUGGAGACCUUUCCUGACAUGGAGCGACAAGGCCUAACCCUUGAAGCUAUUUAUGCAGACUGGCUGGAUCGACCAGGAGUUCCUAAGUGGCUGUGUGAAGGGAGUGUCGUAUGGACACAGACUCGGCUGGUGGAAGACGUCAAAGCGGAGAUAGCAAAAUGGAUUGGUCUCAGUCCGAGCGUUGGAAAAGGCAGAAAGCGGAAGAAAGCUGGACUGAACGUGAACUUCAAAGAGGUGAUGCCGGAGCAGCUGGUGUUGCUAUUGGAGAUUCUGCUGGAGGAGGCGGAGCUAAGUGUGACAUCACUACAUACGAUCAAGAGAACCUACGAUCUACCGAAGCAGGACGCUGAGGUGAGGCAUCGCUGGUGUGAGCUAGUGAUCAAACACAAAUACGCUCAGGCUUAUGGAGAUGUGGAACACUUCCUCAUACACGACCAGGCCAUGGGUGUUUAUCUGUAUGGGGAGCUGAUGAUUCAAGAGGACUCUAGACAACAGGCUCUGGCCAGGCGCUGCCUCUCUUUGGUCCAGAACGAAAUGGACAAAUCAGCUCGCAGAGUGGUAGAGGAGAUGGUCCUAUGAGGUGGCACACAAAAGGCUGCCCAGCUGCCCGCCUUGGGACAUGGAAGGGAGAGGAAACACUGAGAAAGUAAUGCUCUCACUACUUCCCCUCCAGACAGGAAGACCAAACGCCAACCUGUUUUCUUUCCUGCAUGAUCAAUGAAGUUAAAGCACUGUAUUGUACAUACUAAUAGUAAUAGGUGAUGUGUAGAUAGGUCUGCGUCCCAAAAUGGCACCCCAUUUCCUAUAUAGUGCACUACUUUUGACCAGUGCCCUAUUAGCCCUUUGACUUUGGGCAAAAGUAGUAAACUAUAAUGGGAAUAUGGUGUCAUUUGGUACACCCAUAGUUAUGUUCUCCAGAAUUCUCAAAAAUAUAGGAAUCGAAAAGACUAUUCUCAUGGCAUUUGUAUAAAUAUAAUAAUGCCUCUUUACUGAACUUUCUGAUUUAGCCUCAGUUUCAAUUCUCCUCAUUAGGAAAUGCGACUGAGAAUGAGAUUUGGGUCUUGGAGGUGUCCUUUGAUGUGGAGAUUUGGGUCUUGGAGGUGUGCUUUGAUGUGUCUCUUGUGUGUUUGAACGUGGGAUCGUUUGUACAUUCAUUCUGCAAAAAAAAAACAGUACAGCUACAGUCACUCACCCUUCUAGAUAACUUGAAACAGUCUAACCAGGUCUUGUGUCUGGAAGCCACCUGCAGAUUCAUACUACAGCUAUGACAAUCAAGUUUGUAUUACUAGUAGUAUGGGUUGGGAUUAUGGUUCAUUUUUUUUAAAGCUAGCUAGCUACAUUACACGGCCCAUCAAGUUAGCCAGUUGUAUCUGGGGGUGAUUACGGCCAUCUACUGUAUUUCAUGAACAUGUGUACAUGUCUAGACAAUAGUGACCCAUCCACUUAGCUGGAUGUGGCUGGGGAGUGGUUAUAGCAUGACCCAUCCAAUGUAAACAAGUGUGUCUGGGUAAGCAGCUGAUAAUGAUCAAAUAUUUUUAUCUGGACACUUUCUGUUUUUUGAUAUUGCUACUAAUCAAAUAUGUAAGUAAACAUUUCACUGUACCGUUUACACCUUUGUAUCCUGUGCAUGUGACAAAUAAACAUUGAUUUUAUUUGA